CCAAAAAACGCAAACCUAUCUUGUCGGUUUGCCCCCGUUGGUCAGAACCUUUUGAACCGGGGAAUUUGUUCACGUCAUGUUUAGUUUGGGGAGCCUCCCAAAAUACUUUCAUUUCCAGCAUCAGAGCGUUUUUACUUCAAUCCAUUUGUAUCGUCUUUCACCAAAAACUGAAAAUGAAGCACGUCUUUAUUUUUCUCUUUUUGCUGCUGUGUGUUCGUGGGCACGGAUAUGUUGAUGCGGUGAGUGUGUCAGUGAUGGAAGGAGAUUCAGUCACUCUAUACACUGAUGUUGAAACAAUCCAACAAGAAGAGAUAAGAUGGUAUUUUAAUGACAUUCACAUCGCUGCAAUCAGUGGAGAUCCCGAUAAGACCUGUACAGAUGUUCAGUGUGAAGCUGGUAAUGAGAGAUUCAGAGACAGACUGAAGCUGGAUCAUCAGUCUGGAUCUCUGACCAUCACAAACAUCACAAACACAGACUCUGGACUUUAUAAACUACAGAUCAACAGCAGCAGCGACAGUCUUCUUCAGCUCUUCAAUGUUUCUGUUUAUUAUGCUCCUCAACGACAGAAAAUGAAGACAGUGAAGGAGGGAGAUUCUGUCACUUUAGAUCCUGGUGUAGUAAAAAAAACUAAUUAUUUGAUGAAAUGGGUCUUUAAUGACGUUCGCAUCGCUGAAAUCAAUGGAGAUCUCAGUUUUAUCUGUACAGAUGUUCAGUGUUUAUAUGCGGAUGUCAGAUUCAAAGGCAGACUGAAACUGAAUCAUAUGACUGGAUCUCUGACCAUCACAAACACCAGAACCACCGACUCUGGACUUUAUUAUCUGCUGAUAACCACCAUCCGAUUCAACAUCAUAAAGAGCUUUAUUGUUAAUGUCACUGGUUAUGUUGAUGCAGUGAGUGUGUCAGUGAUGGAAGGAGAUUCAGUCACUCUAUACACUGAUGUUGAAACAAUCAAACAAGAAGAGAUCAGAUGGUAUUUUAAUGACAUUCGCAUUGCUCAAAUCACAGAAGAUCUCAGUUUUAUCUGUACGGAUGUUCAGUGUAAAUAUAGUGAUGAGAGAUUCAGAGACAGACUGAAGCUGGAUCAUCAGACUGGAUCUCUGACCAUCAGGAACAUCACAAACACAGACUCUGGACUUUAUCAUAAACAAGUCAUCAGCGUCAGCAACAUCAAUGACGGCAUCUUCAGUGUUACCGUCUAUGAUGUUCCUGCUGCUGAACGAGAUGAAAUUAAGAGAAAGUCAAUAAAGGAGGGAGAAUCUGUCACUUUAGAUCCUGGUGAAACUAAAAGCCCAAAUGAUGUGAUGACGUGGUACUUUAAUGACAUUCUCAUCGCUGAAAUCCCUGGAGAUCAGAGUAAGAUCUGUACAGAUGAUCAGUGUGAUGAGAGAUUCAGAGACAGACUGAAGCUGGAUCAUCAGACUGGAUCUCUGACCAUCACUAACAUCACAAACACAGACUCUGGAAUUUAUCAUUUACAGAUCAACAGCAGCAGAAUCAGCAUCAUAAAGAGCUUCAGUGUCACUGUCCCUAAUUCAGGUCUGUCUUCAGCGGCUGUAGCAGGAAUAGUAGUCCUAUGUGUUGGUGUAGCUGCAGUUGUUGCUGCUGGUGUGAUUUACUAUCGCAAACGUCAAGCAGGACAACAUAACAAUGUUACAGACAUGGUGAUGCAGUUCAGUAGUCAGAUGGAAAAAGACCCCAAUGAUGACUCCUGCCAAUGAAUCUGACUGAACCUGAGCUGCACGAGGUAAAUUAAAUGUUGGCUUUGGUGAUCACAUCACUCAAGGGCUACAAGUGGAAGAAAUCAGAAAAACCAUAAAGCAAGCAAAAGUGAAGAAGUGUCGCCGAACAAAGAAGAAAACUGGAACAUCAGCACCAUAUGGACUUCAAAUUGAGAACUGUAAUAAAAUUGAUGCGGAAACAGGAAACAUUGAAUAAAAGAAUAAUGAAACUGAUAAAAGAGAUGUCUGACUAUAACAGGAUCAGUCUGGAGCUUCAAUCAUUAACAGCUUACUUGAAUCAUUACAAAUGAUCAGAAAAAGAAG